CGUUGUGUGGUGAAGCUUGAUUUGAUGUUAGAUUUCCUCCGGUCCGGUCGUAGACUCGUAGCAGCGUGAGUGACUGAGUGAGUAUAAAAAAAUAUCUAAUUAUUCUGAUAUUCCCCACCUCCUCCUCGAGAGAGAGGGAUUGAGAGAGAUUUAGAAACAGAGCGUGAAUAUAUAUUCUGCAACAAAACCACUCGAGAGAGAGCGUGUAAAUUGUGCAACAAAACCACUCAACGAUGCAAACAUCAAGAAUUGGUUUGAGGUAUGUUAGGGCUGGGAGACUCAUCAUCCACCGCAACUUCCAUAACUCAAACAAGACGAAUAUUAUCAACAAGAAUCACCGUCCUCCUCUAGUUGUUGUAUCUUGUUCUUCUCCUUCACAGCAGCAGCAGCACCAACCACACACGUAUCAACUUUCCCCCGCCUUGUUUAACCACCACCGCCUCAAUUUCCCAAGACAUCCUUUUCUUCUUCCUAAUGCUGCAUCCUCCUCUGCAUUUUUCUCCACUGCAACUAAUGCUGCUGACAAUUCUAAUUCUAAUUCAAAUGCGAAGGCCAAUUCCAAAACCAAUGAUCUUGAGGGGCCUCGCCCUGACCACCAGGAAAUCAAUAACGCACAAAUCCUUACUACCCUUGCCAAGUCUUUGUGGAUGAAAGAUAAUGUCGAGUUUCGCCUCCGGGUUCUUGCUGCCUUGGCUUUUCUAAUCGGAGCCAAGGUAUUGAAUGUUCAGGUGCCUUUUCUUUUCAAGCUCGCCGUUGAUUGGCUUACAACCACAUCAGGAAAUGCUACUUCCCUUGCUGCCUUCACAACUGCCAAUCCUACUUCAGUUGCUGUUUUUGCUACUCCAGCAGCUGUUUUAAUGGGAUACGGGAUAGCGCGCAUGGGGGCUUCUGCUUUCAAUGAGCUGAGAACUGCAGUGUUUUCAAAGGUGGCAUUGCGGACAAUCCGGUCUGUUUCAAGAAAGGUAUUUUCACAUUUGCAUGAACUUGACCUCAGCUACCACCUUAGUCGGGAAACAGGCGCUUUAAAUCGAAUUAUAGAUCGUGGAAGCCGUGCUAUUAAUUUUAUUCUUUCGUCCAUGGUAUUCAAUGUUGUACCAACUAUAUUAGAGAUCUCCAUGGUAUCAGGUAUCCUGGCAUACAAAUUUGGAGCACCGUUUGCAUGGAUCACCUCCCUAUCAGUUGCAACAUAUGUCAUAUUCACGUUGACUGUAACUCAGUGGAGGACUAAAUUUAGGAAGAUAAUGAACAAAGCUGACAAUGAUGCUAGUACAAGGGCAAUUGAUUCCCUUAUUAAUUACGAGACUGUCAAGUAUUUUAACAAUGAAAGAUUUGAAGUUGAGAGAUAUGAUGAAUUUUUACAGAGAUAUGAAGAUGCUGCCUUGAAAACCCAACGUAGUCUUGCUUCAUUAAAUUUUGGACAAAGUGUUAUAUUUAGUACAGCUCUUUCAGCAGCCAUGGUGUUGUGCUCAAAUGGGAUUCUUAACGGCGAGAUGACAGUUGGAGACUUGGUUAUGGUAAAUGGGCUUCUAUUCCAGCUAUCUCUUCCUCUCAAUUUCCUUGGUAGUGUGUAUCGUGAAACUGUACAGAGUCUAGUCGACAUGAAAUCCAUGUUUCAAUUGCUAGAGGAGAGGGCUGACAUUAGAGAUGAAAAUGGUGUGAAGCCUCUUAAGUUAGACGGGGGAUGCAUAGAAUUUGAUAAUGUGCAUUUCAGUUAUCUUCCAGAACGGAAGAUUCUUGAUGGGAUAUCUUUUUCUGUACCUGCUGGGAAAAGUGUGGCUAUUGUUGGGACUAGUGGCAGUGGUAAAUCAACCAUUUUAAGAAUGCUCUUUAGAUUUUUCAACACUCAUUCUGGAUCAAUAAGAAUAGACGGCCAAGAUAUACGUGGGGUAUCACUGGAAAGUCUCCGCAAGUCUAUUGGUGUUGUUCCUCAGGAUACUGUACUGUUCAAUGAUACAAUAUUUCAUAAUAUUCAUUAUGGUCGGCUUUCAGCAGCACAUGAGGAGGUGUAUGAUGCUGCUAGGCGUGCUGCUAUUCAUGAAACAAUAAUGAACUUCCCUGAAAAAUAUGCUACAGUGGUUGGGGAGAGAGGUCUGAAGUUAAGUGGUGGUGAGAAGCAACGAGUAGCUCUAGCUCGUGCAUUCCUGAAAGCACCUGCAAUUCUUCUCUGUGAUGAAGCAACAAGUGCUCUCGAUAGUUCAACAGAAGCUGAAAUUUUAAGUGCACUGAAGUUCCUCUCAAAUAACCGCACUUCAAUAUUUAUUGCUCAUAGGCUGACAACCGCUAUGCAAUGUGAUGAGAUUAUAGUUCUGGAAAAUGGAAAGGUUGUGGAACAGGGGCACCAUGACAUUCUAUUGGCGAGGGCAGGGAGAUAUGCACAGCUUUGGGCACAACAGAACAAUGCCGGUGAUGGAACUGCUGAUUUAGCUGUAUAACUGGAGGCAUAAUCCUUUAUUUUAUUUUAGGUUGAGAGAUUGCAAUGUAUAUCUAAGGGAAUAUAUUAUACAAGUGUUUCUUCCCUCAAAAUUUCUGAUCAAUCAUCUGCCCAUUUGUUGGUUAUAUAUAUCUGCACCCAAUUGGGGUGAUGGUGAUAGUUCAAUUUAGCAUAGAUUCAGCAAUGUAAAUUCUGGCAAUAACUAUAUUUCUUGUAUACCUUUGUUAUACUUUUCA